AUGGUUAUCCGAAAACGUCAUGUAAUUGUUAGUUUAGUUAUUGCCUUGGAAUUAGUCUCCGGUAAAAGCUUGAAAGUGGAUCUACCAUUAUGUCCAACAAACAUACAAUUUCUUCCUCAAGCGUUGCCUAUGCACUGUCGUAUGCCACGUAUACCACGGAAUGCCUUUCCUUUUUACAGUGACGGUUCAGAGAAGCGUAAGCAGACUGUCCCACCAUUCGUCCCACCUUUCUACCAAACCCCAUCACCAGGAAAAGUACCAGCUCCAUUUCCGUUUCCACCAGGCUUUCCUGGAUUUCCUGGCAUGCCGAUGCCAGGACCAUUAACGGGACCUAUGGGUCCCAUGCCAAUGCCGCUGCCCGGCGCCCCACCUCCAAAACUUCCAGUUAUCGUAAUGCCAUUCUAUACUCCCGAUAAAUCGUAUAAACCUAACAAACCUUCAGGGAUAUGUUCAGAUUCAGAUACAGAUUGUUCGGACAAAUCAUCAGAUACUGACAAAUCAUCAGAUACUGACAGUUCCUCAGAUAAUGACAGUUCAUCUGAUAGUGACAGUUACAGUGGAGCUGGUGGUCGCCCUGGUCGUCCUGGUAGCCCCGGUCACUCGGGUCACUCCGGUCAUCACGGUCGGCCCGGUCGUCCCGGUCGUCCUGGCCGUCGUAGCCAUCACAGGUCUAGGUCUGACCGAGAUUCUGAUCAUGGCUGGUGGAAAUUCAGGAGAAGUCACAAGCAGAGAGGACAUCGAUCAAGAAGGUAUAGACCUCGUGAAAUUGUCACUCCGAUCCUGCAAUAUGUUAAUAAAAGGGGCUACGUUAUAUUUGAAAAGAAAAUAAGUGGUGGCGAAGCCAAGGCGUGGUUGCAACGAGAUCAUAAGAAUGAAAGAAAUUAUGAAAUUAUGGAUGAUAUAGACGGAGACGAUGAGAUGGUUCAAAAUAAUGAUAAAGAAGAAAAUAGAGAAAUACAUAAGAAUACAAGAAAAAACGAAGACAAACCCCAUAAUAAAAGUUCAGACUCCACAGUAAGGUCUAAAUCGUCGUUGGCUAAAAAGAAGCAUUAUCAACAAGAAACUGCCAAUUCUAUAAAGAAAGAGGAGCGAAAAAGUGAUUAA